AUGUCCCCUUCUCCUCCUAAGCGUAUUUGUAUCGUUGGUGCCGGCGCGUCCGGCAUGUCCGCAGCCUACGCCUUUAGCAAGCACCCAGACAAGUUCACUGUCACCGUCUUCGACAAGCAAUCAGUUGCGGGAGGAAUGGCGACCUCCAUCGACAUUGACCCGUCCAAAUACGGCGCUACUUACAUCAACGACGGCGUCCAGGGCUGCAGUCCCGCCUUCGCCAACACGCUUCGCAUGUUCAAGAUACUGGGAUUCGAGGCCACAGAAGUUGGCAUGCAAAUCAGCUUUGGAAAAGGCGAGGACUUCUGGUCUAACGUCUUUCCCUCCAAGCUCGUUGCAGAAUACAAGAAGGACAUAGCCAAGUUUGGACGGGCUCUUUCCGUCAUCAAGACUUUCGAAGUGGCAUUCGCCAUGAUCCCCGUUCAUGCAAUGCUGCGCAUCUUUCGUUUUUCCUCGGGCUUCGGUGAGAGAAUGGUCUAUCCACUCGUCGCUCUGUUCUUCGGAACCGGCAAUCAGACGCCGUAUAUUUCCUCGGCUAUAUUGGAACGCGUUUUCAUGGAUCCGAGUAUGAAACUGUUUGAGUAUAACGACAAGAGUCUAUUGGCCAGCAUACCUACUAUGUUGGCGUUUCCCAAGCUUCAUGAUGCCUAUCAGGCAUGGAAAGAGGACGUCGAGUCCCGCGGAAAUGUCCACUUCAAAUUCAAUUGCGAGGUGCUCCGUGUCGUGUCCCGUACCGCGAAGGAGUCCGGUCCGGUGCAGAUCGAAUUCAAGGCUUCCGAUGCCGACUUCGGAAAUGGGCCGCAGAUCGCUGCUUUCGAUGAGCUUAUCCUAGCUAUCGACGCCGACUCGGCGCUCAAACUCCUCGGAAAAGAAGCGACAUGGAAGGAGAAGAGAAUCCUUGGUAGCGUCAAAUACCUCUACGAUGUGACAAUCACGCACAACGACCUCGACUACAUGGACAAGUACUACGAGAUACGGUACAAUCCCAAGCUCAACGCCCCGUUGGCUUCGGAAGACGAUGCGCAACAGAGACAAGAAAUGGAGGAGGCUUUCGAUUUCGCUUCCAAAAGCUUCCGCCCGCUGUACUAUACCAUGCAAUAUGCGCAGGACCGUUCCAAGAUCGAGAUGAGCUUCGACCUGACACACUACCAACCUCAGUUCCGUGGGGAGCAGCCGGCAGGGCCUAUUCCCUCAGACGAUCCCGCGAACCAGCAAUAUAAUGGCGGUUUACCCGACCACGCACAGAAGGCACGCGAUGAAACGGCCAGGAAGGCAGGAGAAGCGGUAAGGACUGGACAGGAUGAGAAAGGAGUCUCCGAACCCCCGCUGGAGAAGCAUGUCUUCCAAACGAUCUUUCUCGACAAGGACGGUAGCCAGGACCUAUGGACGUUUAAUGAAAUCGACAAGGAUAAGCGGAUAUGUGAGAAGUGGUGGAAGCAGCAGAGUCAUCGCUGGCAGCAUUACGCUACCGUUGUGCCGUGGAUGAUGUUCAUCAACGGGAAGCAGAACACGCACUACGCGGGAGCAUGGUCAGUGUUGAACAUGCACGAGCUGGCGGUAACCUCGGGUUUUGCAGCAGCAUACAGACUUGGUGCAGAUUACCCGUUUCAUGGUGACGAGGAUUGCGAACGUCUGUUCAGACUGUACCUCGGUCUGAGUCAUGGGACUCGCAUGCGUAAGGAAGAUCGUAAGGGUUUCUUCGCUUGA